CAAUGUGACAAAAAGAAUGUGACUUCUAUAAAACUUUCAAACGAGAAUGAAGCUGAGAGCCAAUCAGUGUUAAGGAGGCGCAGGUGUGCACGCGCGCCACUUUAAACUGCGCCACAGGCCACGCAGUUUUGUUUGUUUUCUAUACAAACUUUACUAUUUUAAUGUCAUCUAUGGGGACUUUGCAUUUUGUGGCUUUAUUUGGCGUUUUGUUGUCUGAGCUUUAUGCUGUCCCGCCUUUUAUUUCACCGCCAAAACCUUUCAAACAGAACGCAUUGGUUGAGAGGCCUCGGCUGACAGGAGGCCAGGGCAGCAAGCAGGGCCACCGGGAAGGGGCUGAUGAAGAGCGGGAGCAGAUCAAGUCUGUGACCGUGAGCUGCCAUCCGGACUCACUGGAGAUUGUGAUCCAGGCUGAUCUGUUCGGUGUGGGCGCUUCAGUAAAGGGCAGUGACCUGCGACUGGGAGUGGACAAUGAUGAACGCUGCAAACCAGUGUUGUCUUCUAAUGAUGAAUACAGGAUCACUGCUGGGCUGUUGGACUGUGGCACCAAACACUGGAUGACUGAAGAGUCCCUGGUCUACACAAACUUGCUCAUCUACUCCCCUGAGCCCUCUGCAGGUGGAGUGAUCCGGAUGGAGGAGGCAGUCAUUCCCAUAGAGUGUCACUAUGAAAGAAAAUACAGUCUAACCAGCUCUGCACUCUUUCCUACCUGGAUUCCUUUUGUGUCCACAAUGGCAACUAUGGAAAAGUUGAACUUUGCUUUGAAAGUUAUGACUCCUGACUGGCUCUACAAAAGGACCUCAAAUGUGUUUUACCUUGGCGAGCCCAUUCCCAUUGAGGCGUCUGUCAGACCUGGGCACCACAUGGGCCUCAGGGUGUUUCUGAGCUCUUGUGUGGCCACCCUUACCCCAGACGAGCACUCCUCACCCAGAUAUGUUUUUAUUGAAGAUGGGUGCCUGCUCGACUCCCAAGUUCCUAAUUCAAGGUCCCAGUUUUCGUCAAGAGUCCAAGAUGACAAGCUUCACUUGGUUCUAGAUGCUUUUAGGUUUCAUAAUGAGGACAGAGGAGAACUUUACAUCACCUGUCAGAUUAUUGCCGUUCCAGUAAAUGAUGCAGAUUCACCCAAUAAAGCUUGUACUUUUAUUAAUGGAAGGUGGCGUUCAGCUGACGGCAAUGACUACUUGUGUGGUUAUUGUCAAACCCAAAAUGAAGAGGGCUUCAUACAAGACAAACUGAGUGGUUCGUUCAGUCCUCGAGGGCUUGGAAGGGUAGCAAAACCUGAAACCUUCUGGAGAAGUGGAUUAAAGACUGCCCAGGAACGGGACAAAGAGGCCAUAGUUGGUCCACUUCUAGUUCUCCCAUUUGAGAAGAAAAUGGAUACAAAAUUUAAUGUACCUCUGUAUGGCAGCUCCUGGCGAAGUGGAGUGCCUCAAAAUACAGUGGAAAAGGUUUUGGUUUUGGCUCCCGAAGUUUUGUCCAGCUCAGAGGAGGCAGAGAAUGUCCCUGAGACUGAGGAAGACUUUCCAGAUGUAACAAACAGUGAUGAAGAUGAUGUUGAUGACUAUGAAACUUCAGGGGAAGAAGAUGUAGAAGAUGACUCUGAUGUGUUCAGUGAUACGAUGGACCCUUGGUUCAAAAUAAAGGAAAAUCUGGAAAAUGAAACUACAGCUAGUCCCAGUAAUGUCAGCACAACUUCACUGCCAGAUGUUUUCACUACCUCACUGAAUGACACAGAGUCUGAUGUUACCAUUACAAUGGAACCAAAGAGAUAAUAAACAUGCUUUGAUAACCUU